AUGAGAAAUCGCUCUUCCAUAUCCCAGCUUUAAACUUGUAUGUCAACAAACAAAACCCAAACCGUCCUGCCGUCGCGGUUUACGUCGUGUGACAGACAACAAACCAUCCUGUCAGUGACAUGACUUUCUUAAAUUUGUUCAACUUAUGGUUUAGUAGUCAAGCUUGACGCCUUUGUUACUACGGGUUAAAAUUUACAAUCUUGAGCGUAAAUACUGCAGCCAAAUGAAAAUGUCAACUUUGAAAGGAUUGUUUGACCCAAAACCCCGUAGUCACAGAAAUUUCUUACUCGAAAAUAAAAGGGACAUAAAGACAAAAUCAACAAUCAACAGUCAAAAGCAGAAAAAGGAGGAGAAUAUCUCACUGAAACAGAGAAGUUCACUGAGUUCUUCUAAACCAAUGUCUCCCUUGGGCACGGUGAUGAAGAGUUCGGCAUCGGGUCAAAGACAGAAACAUAGUGUUGGUCUUAACCAUUCCCACUCGACGUCUCAACAAGCCAAGGAGACUCCUAAGAAAAUUCGGGAGUCUAAACCAAUUGGAGACAGCCUGAGCUCUAAACCCACUAGCAACUCUAAAACGAUGCAUUAUAUUCUCAAAGAGAAUGUCCCAUUUGAAUGGACAGAAGUUUGUCCAUCCUUGAUAUCUCAUAGCAUAUGCCAUCAAGGAGUCCAGACUGACAGAGACGAAAAAUACAAUGAAAUCCAUGACUCACAAGUACAAAGGCAUAAUAUGACUGAUGAGUGUGACAAGAAACAUGUUCAAAUCCAAAAGCAUACUGCUCUCAACAAGGUUCAUUCUAAGGAGGAAGAUGGCUGUGAAAGCAUUCAUGAACUGACAGGAAUUAAUCUUGGUGAUCACAGUGAUGCAUUGAACUGCCCUGGAGAACAGCUAGUCAGCAAUGCCCCUGAUAAAAAAUCUUCAAAUUUGGUAUCAGACAUAGGAAACUUAAAACUGUCUCCAUCUAGAAAAUCUGUAUCUAAUGCUAAAUUACCUGCCACCACAAUGAACCCCCCUCCUUAUAAAAAGGGAGUUGUUCCUGGGUACUUAAGCAAGAGAAAGACAGAAGCGUUGGCUUCAGCUCGUGCCAAAGAAGUAGAUCCCAACUGUCCCUUGGGCCACAUAGUGAUGCCUGAUGAUGAGCGAAGAGAAACACUUGACAUGAUUUUAAAAAAUUACAAUCACCUCAUUGCUGAACUCAACAAGAUACCAGUACGUACUGACACGCUAAAAAUGAAACAAAGGAAGAUUGAGAUAGAGAAACAACUUGAUAAAUUAGAAGAAGGAAUACGAAUAUUUUCUAGAUCAAAGGUCUAUGUAAAGUUGGAUGCUUGAAACUGCCAUUUCAUGUGGUUACAAUUUUUAUUUACCUGUUAACUUGAUAAUUAUGUUCAAUGAAUUUAUUCUACAUAUUGGAUGGCCACAUAAUAUUGUUACUGUACCUGCUUAUUUGUUCACUGCCGACUGUAGAGUCAAUAAAAGUACUCAUUGAGACCC